UCUCCAGAAUGAUACGUUCCCAACUGUUUUCUGGGGCCGCGCGAUUGCUGAGAUACGACAGAACAAGGACACUACUGAUACGCGGCAAGGGCAGCAAGGCCACCACACACAGCCUCGAUGCACAGCGGCAGGAUGGGGGACAGGCGGCGGCGGCCGGAGGCAGCGAAAAACCGGGCGGCGUGCAAGAGGCGGCGGAUCAGCAGAAACAACAACAGCUGCCCGCACGUGCACCGCUGGUGAAGAACUUCUUCAUUGGGGCCGUGGAUAAGGAGCUGCUGGCCUAUCCGGAGGUCAUAGCCCGCGAGGACAUGUCCCAGCUGCAGAACGCGCUGCUGCCCCUCAAGAACUAUUUCAGUGAAUGCAAGGAGCAGGAGCCAGAGCAGACGUCGGGGGACAAUCUCAAGCAGCUCGGACUCUACAGUCUGAAUGUGCCCACCGACUACGAUGGCAGGGGAUAUGGCUGGAGUGCCAGCUUGAUGGCCAGCGAGCCGGACUCGGCGGAAACCAGCAUAGGCCUGGGAUUGCAGGCUCAUCGGGUGGUUGUGGACCUGUUGCGCGAGGUGGGCACCCAACAGCAGCAGCAGCGUUAUCUGCCGGCUCUGGGCAGUGGACAGCUGAUUGCCACCGAGGCCAUCUAUGAGUAUGCCCCGCCCGAGGACGACUACUUCUGCACACAGGCCACAUUGACGCCCGGGUCCAACUCGUGGCUGCUCAACGGAGAGAAGGCCUAUGUGGUGUGUGCUCCCGGCGAACGGCAACUGUUCCUGGUGCUGGCCCAGACACAGCAGCCCAACGUUCCCGGAUCCUUGGGCCGUGGUACUACCAUCUUCCUGGUGGAUUCCCAGCAGCCCGGCGUUCGGCUGGGCGAGCAGCAUCCAACCAUUGGCUGUCGCGGGACCCAGAUGCGGCGUGUUCAUUUCGACAACGUACAGAUAAGCGAGGAUCAAGUGGUGGGACUGCCACAUGACGGCAAUCGACACUCGGAGAAACUGGUGCGUGCUUCCCGACUGCGCAGCAGCCUCGUAGGUCUCUCCCUGGCGAAGCGGCUGCUCAACGAGCUGACCCAAUUCAGCGUGGACACCACCCAGUGUGGGGUGCAUAUUAAAGACCUGGAGAUUACCCGCGUCCACCUGUCCAGGGCCAUGUGCUCGGUGUAUGCCAUGGAGAGCAUGCUUUACCUAACCGCCGGACUGCUGGACGAGUUCCAGGGCCAGGACGUGACGCUGGAGAGUGCCAUAACCAAGUACUACACCCUGAAGCAGCUGUACGCGAUUGCCUCCGACAAUCUGGGUAUCGUUGGACCCAAGAGCCUGCACAGCGGCCAACCCACAGAGCUGGGACUGAGGGAUGCAGCCCAGCUGUACACCCAGGGGGAAUCCAUCGACACGUUGAGCAUGUUUAUUGCCCUCACAGGACUGCAGUAUGCCGGGCAAGCGAUGAAUUCGGGCGUGCGCAAGUCCAGGAAUCCGCUCUUCCAUCCUGGCCACAUCUUUGGCAAGUUCCUGGAGACCACCAGCGUUGAGAACCCGAAGACCAAAAUGCAAUUAUCGGAGCAUGUGCAUCCCUCGCUGGACGCGGCGGCCCAAUGCAUUGAGCAGUCGGUGGCCCGCCUCCAGAUGGCCGUCGAGCUGAUGUUCACCCGCCACGGCAAUGCGGUGGUGGAGCGCCAGAGCGAAAUGCAACGCCUGGCCGAGAUCUCAACGACCAUAUACGCGAUGUGGGCCAGUGUGGCGCGUGCCUCGCGGUCCUACUGCAUCGGCCUGCCGCUGGCCGACCACGAGCUGCUCACGGCCACCGCCGUCUGCUCGCAGGGCCGGGAUGUGGUCAAGACCCUCUGCACAGAGAUCUUUGGCGGCAAUUUCGUGAACAACGACAACAACCUGGUGCGGCUCUCCAAUCAGCUGACCAAGAGCAAAGGCUACUUUGCCGUGCAUCCGUUGACGUUUAAUUUCUAGGUUGUUGAUGAAUAGUUAAUAUCAUAAAUUCUAUAUAAAGUAAACGAUAGAACCAA